GCAGGCUGCAUUACAUGUGUGAAAGACCAUAGUUGCAAAUGCUCCCAAGACUCUGAAGGAAAUAAUGCCAGUUUUGAUGAAUACUUUAAUUACUUCUCUUGCAUCAUCAUCCUCUGAAAGGAGACAGGUUGCUGGACGAUCACUUGGUGAGCUUGUUAGAAAGCUUGGCGAAAGAGUUCUACCUUUAAUCAUUCCAAUUUUAUCACGAGGGCUAAAAGACCCUAAUGCUAACAGAAGACAAAGAGUAUGUAUUGGUCUGAGUGAAGUGAUGGCCAGUGCUGGUAAGAGUCAGUUGUUGAGUUUCAUGGAUGAGCUCAUUCUUACCAUCCGUACAGCCCUUUGUGAUAGGUUUGUUGAUCAAUUGCUCUGAUUUGCUGGUUC